AUGCGCUCGACUCUGCUCCUCGCUGCCCUCGCCGCUGGCUGCGUCAAUGCCUUCGAGAAGCAUGUCUAUGUGACCGACUGGACUACCGUUACCGUCACUAAGACCGUCACUGCCGCCGCCGUCACCGAGACUGUUCAGCCUGCUCAGCAAGCUCAGAUCCAGAACACUGUGACCACCACCACCCAGGCCGCCGUCGCCGCUGCCGCUGAGACCGAGUCCUCAGAGCUGGCCCAGUCCACCGUUAUCGUGCCUGUGUCUUCCACUACUCAGGCUGCUGCUGCCGCCGCAGUUGAUACUGCCGCCGCGACCACCUACUCGACUGCCUGGACUUCUACCGUGGAGGCUGCCUCCACCCUGGCCAGCUCUACUUCCAGCUCAACCUCCAGCGCUUCCACUGCCGCCUCUACCGCCACUGCCACCAACACUUACCAGUCUGCCGUCCUGUACAACCACAACAUCCACCGUAGCAACCACUCCGUCUCGUCCGUUGAGUGGUCUGCCGAUCUCCAGGCCAGUGCCCAGACUUUGGCCGCUCGUUGUGUGUACGAGCACGAUACCUCUAUUGAUGGCGGCGGUUACGGUCAGAACAUCGGCUACGGUGUCAGCGCUGACGAUGUUGGCGUCAUGAUCACCAACCUGAUGUACAACGAUGAGAUCGAAUACUUCCCUACCCCCUACGGCGCUUCCGACCCUAGCAUGACCAACUUCGACAAGUGGGGCCACUUCUCCCAGAUCGUCUGGAAGGCCACCACUCACGUCGGCUGCGCCACCGUGACCUGCAACAGCCUGGGCAACGUCGACUCCAGCUCCGCCCUGCCCUUCACCGUCUGCAACUACUCUCCCGCCGGCAACGUCGACGGACAGUACGGCGACAACGUCCUCGCUCCCGGUACUGCAGGCACCUAUACUGCCUAA